AUGUCGUCAGAAGACCGAGAAGCUCAGGAGGAUGAAUUGCUGGCCCUGGCGAGUAUUUAUGAUGGAGAUGAAUUUAGAAAAGCAGAGUCUGUCCAAGGUGGAGAAACCAGGAUCUAUUUGGACUUACCACAAAAUUUCAAGAUAUUUGUGAGCGGCAAUUCAAAUGAGUGUCUCCAGAAUAGUGGCUUUGAAUACGCCAUUUGCUUUCUGCCUCCACUUGUGCUGAACUUUGAACUGCCACCAGAUUAUCCAUCCUCCGCCCCACCUUCAUUCACACUUAGUGGCAAAUGGCUGUCACCAACUCAGCUGUCUGCUCUCUGCAAGCACUUAGACAACCUGUGGGAAGAACACCGCGGCAGCGUGGUCCUGUUUGCCUGGAUGCAGUUUCUUAAAGAAGAGACCUUAGCGUAUCUGAAUAUUGUCUCUCCUUUUGAACUCAAGAUGGGUUCUCAGAAAAAAGUUCAGAGGAGGAUGGCUCAAGCUUCUUCCAACACAGAGCUAGAUUUUGGAGGAGCUGCUGGAUCUGAUGUAGACCAAGCGGAAGUUGUGGACGAGAGAGCCGUGCAGGAUGUGGAAUCGUUGUCCAGUCUGAUCCAGGAAAUCUUGGACUUCGAUCAGGCUCAACAGAUAAAAUGCUUUAAUAGUAAAUUGUUCCUGUGCAAUAUCUGCUUCUGUGAGAAGCUGGGUAGUGAGUGCAUGUACUUCUUGGAGUGCAGGCAUGUGUACUGCAAAGCCUGUCUCAAGGACUACUUUGAAAUCCAGAUCAGAGAUGGCCAAGUUCAAUGCCUCAACUGCCCAGAGCCCAAGUGCCCUUCAGUGGCCACUCCUGGUCAGGUCAAAGAGCUAGUGGAAGCAGAGUUAUUUGCCCGUUAUGACCGCCUUCUCCUCCAGUCUACCUUGGACCUGAUGGCAGAUGUGGUGUACUGCCCCCGCCCAUCCUGCCAGCUGCCUGUGAUGCAGGAGCCUGGCUGCACGAUGGGCAUCUGUUCCAGCUGCAAUUUUGCCUUCUGUACUUUAUGCAGAUUGACCUACCAUGGGGUUUCUCCAUGUAAGGUGACUGCAGAGAAAUUAAUGGACUUACGAAAUGAGUACCUGCAAGCAGAUGAGGCCAAUAAAAGAUUUUUGGAACAGAGGUAUGGUAAGAGGGUGAUUCAGAAGGCACUGGAAGAGAUGGAAAGUAAGGAGUGGCUAGAAAAGAACUCAAAGAGCUGCCCAUGUUGUGGGACUCCCAUCGAGAAAUUAGAUGGAUGUAACAAGAUGACAUGUACUGGCUGUAUGCAGUAUUUCUGCUGGAUUUGCAUGGGUUCUCUCUCCAGAGCAAACCCUUAUAAACAUUUCACUGAUCCUGCUUCCGCAUGUUUUAACAGGUUGUUCCAUGUUGUGGAUGUUAAUGGAGAUAUUUGGGAAGAUGAGGUUGAAGACUAGUUAACUUCUGCUGCUCAAGAUACGGAAGUGGAAUGGUUUGCCCUAACCUUCUGUCAAGUAUACAGAGUGACUUCACAGGAUAUUUAGGGUACCAUUGAUUCCCUCUUCCUAUGUAGAAGAUAUGGAAGAACAAGUUUGAUAUUUUCAUGUGGUACUACUGAUUAAGGCACAUUCAGACAUUUUUCAUUGCAACAUGAUUGAGGAAAUAUUAAGCCAAAGGUUCCGAAAAUGAAAACUAGAAAAUAUUAGUAUUACAAUGUGCCCAAAGCUUUAAGUAGUUAAAAAUUAAAUAUUUAUUUUCUUCUCCAAGCUUUAGGUAAGGAGAGAGGGGUCAAGAGUUAAACUUAUAGUCCUUUUUAUCUCUGAGAAACGUCCCUCUAAGACAUUCUGUGGGAGCUCCCUCAGUAGUACUGCUUACAACUGGGGUGGGUAGAAGCCUUAUUAAAAUUGUACCGAAAGCCUGAUGUUAUUUACUCCAUGUUACAUUCUUUCCAACCUGAAUUUCUGCUAAAUUUUCUUUGGAGGAAGCCCUUUACUCUAUAACUGAUUGGAUGGCCCAGUGUCAUUUUGAUCUGAUUUU